GUCGCGGCGACUGUCGCGCGCGCGCUCAUUAUUCGAAAUCCGCCGCCGCGUGGCUAUACGCUUUCCGCGAUUGCGCCCGUCCUCCGCGAUUCUUCUUAUUUGUAAAACGCCGCAGUCGUAAUAUACUUAAUAAUAUAAUAUAAUUAUAUUUAUUAUUUGCAGAUAAAAAAAAAUCGGACGUCGAUCUACAUAAAUUAUACAUAAUAUAUAUAUAUAUACAUAAUUAUAUCAUUAUAACGUAGUAUUACAUUAUUUACAAUCGUUUUUUUUUUUUUUUUGUUGAUUUUCUUUUAUCUUAUUCUUACAUUAUUCUUCGUCUUCUUUGUCUUCCUCGAAUCUGACGCAAGCUGACCGUCCGGUUAGGUCAUCUCGUAUACUGUGCGGUCACCACCAUUAUUCCUUGCGCGUUUCAAUAUUGUACGUACCAUAAUGUUCUUUGGGAAUAAUGCGAUUUAUCAACAACAUUAUUAAUGAUAAUAUCAUAUCAUAAUCGUCUGCAGCUACCGCCGAAUCGUCUGCGUUCCCUCCACCGCCGCGCGAUCAAAGGCUGAUAAUAUAUCAUUAGCGGCAUUGCACUUACCGCCGAAGACGACCAUCGAUUGGGCACAGACGACAAUCUCGCGCCAGUCUGCCGCCGACUGUCGCACCACUCGCCCGCGGAGCAGAGCUGUCGCCUGCCUCAGAUAUUAUAAAUAAUAUUGUCGGGGAGGCCGGACUAGUUGUCACACGCGGGUUGGUUGUCACAAUGUUAAUAAAUCUGAAACAAGACGGUACCUCCAAAUAGGUACCUAAUUUUUAUCUCGACCAAAGACUGGUUGUAGUCAUAUAACGAAUUUUAAGGAUGAAAAAACCACAUCAGUCCGCAACCGAUGGCAGUCCGACCUGAGAAAUUCACCAUGAGGAGCAUUGCUCGAGUAGCGUUCGUCCUGAUCGCCUACAGUGCAUCCCGUGCAUGUGCGAAAUUUUCAUUCAAUACCCAGGAUUUGGUAUUGUUGGUGAAUGAUUCAGCAACGCUCACAUUGACCUUAACGGACAAUGUACCAGAAAAUACCACAUUAAUCCUCAGCACUAAUCAUAAAGACUUACUGACGACAAAUAUUUCAAGAAUAGAAGUCACCAAUUCUACAGGUCCAAAUGUAUGGCCAGUAGAGUUGUUUGGUCAUGAUGCCGGCCACGAUUUAUUAAAAGUUGAUGCUUAUCCUUCUUCCAUAAAAUCCAGUGAUGCUUUUGUGCGAGUCACUCUGCAACAUUCUAAUGAAUUGGCUUUAUUCAGUGUUGUUGUUGGAUGGAUUUAUUUUGUUGCAUGGUCAAUAUCAUUCUAUCCUCAAAUGUAUGAAAACUGGAAACGUAAAAGUGUUGUGGGUUUAAACUUUGACUUCAUUGCAUUGAACUUGAUUGGAUUUAUGUUAUAUUCGAUGUUCAAUGUUGGUCUAUGGAUACCUGAAAUUGAAAAAGACUACUCUGCCCGAAAUCCUCGUGGACUAAAUCCAGUUCAAUUAAACGACAUAUUCUUUUCUAUUCAUGCUGUAUUUGCUACUUUCAUAACUGUGACCCAAUGUUAUUUUUAUGAGAAAGGUGAUCAACAAGUUUCUCGGACAGCGAAAUCAAUCAUGUCCUUUUACGGAUUGCUAAUAGCCAUACUAUUAGUUCUAGUAUAUUUACAAAAGAUAGUAUGGCUGGACUUCCUUUAUUAUUGCUCAUAUAUCAAGUUGACCAUAACACUCAUCAAAUACAUUCCACAAGCGGUAAUGAAUUACAAGCGUAAGAGUACAAUUGGUUGGAGUAUCGGCAACAUAUUCUUAGAUUUCACAGGAGGAUUACUUAGUAUAUUGCAGAUGAUUAUCAACGCAUAUAACUACAAUGAUUGGGCCUCAGUGUUUGGCGAUCCGACCAAAUUUGGUUUGGGUUUGCUGUCAGUGAUUUUUGACAUAUUGUUUUUCUUACAACAUUAUGUAUUCUACAGUGGAGUUAACUAUGCAGAAUUUGAAAAUUGUAAUGUGGUAGAAGUGGAGAAUGAUGAGGUUACUAAUUCAGAAGAGCACACUAAACCAACUGAUAAACCAGAUGACCAGAUAUGUUAAAAAAAAAUUGUUUAUAAUUUUUUUAUUCUAGACUGAUCAGUCAAUAAUUUAACUAUGCUAAACAUCUAUAUUGCGUAGGUACAUCCAAACAAGACUGAACUUAUCCACUAACACCAAAGUUAUUUUAAGAUUUACUUAUUUUCUUUUGUACAGUAUUUAUACAAUGUUUUAUACUUAUUUAAUAACUUUAAUUUAAACAUAAAUGUGCAAUACCAUUUUUUAUUGGAAAACCCUCAUUUUUUCGAUCGAAACUUUUAGGUAGAGAUUUUAGAGUUUCAGGUGGCUUGGCUAUUUACAAAGCCAUCCUUAAUGUAUUACCUAAUCACGACCUGUAAAAAUGCAAUAACUAAUAUAGUAAUACAUUACCUAUUGUGUAUUGUAUAAUAUAAUGUGAUAAAACCAGUAAUUAAAUCUCAAACCACUGUGGAGUAUUAAAGGCAUUUAUCAUCAUAACAAUUGUAUAAUGAUUACAUUUUCGAAUUAAUUGAAAAACAAAUGUAGAUGUGAAUCUUGUAUACCUACAAAACCUUACUAACUUUACUACAAUACUACACUACUAAACUAGAUAAUAACCACUAGGCAUUAACCAUGAUUAAAUAAUUUUUUUUUAAUUGAACAUAUUAUGAUACCAUGAAUCAUGAUUAAGUUAUUGGAUUUUGGUUUAGUAUAUUGCAUUGUGGUAACAUUUCAUGUGUCUAUAAAACUGAUUGUAAUUUAGCACCCCUGAAAGAAUAGUGACAAAACUUAAAAAAAUUGUUUUCGAGUUAUUACCAUCAAAAUUUGCAGAAUUUCAUGUCUUUAUUUCUGCUUUAAAUAAAAUAUAGUUUAUUUGUUUCCAGAUGGAAUACCGACACUUUUUAGAUGUGACUUUAUUCUGGCCUGACUUAUGUUGUUACACAAUAUUUUUCUAGCCAGAAUAAAGUCAUAUCUUAAAAGUAACAGUUUCACACAUGGAAAAUUAUUUUAAUUUUAUUAAUAUAAUACUGUUAUACCUAUUAUAAGAAUAACUAUAGUAGUUUUAUCAAUAUUAUAAUAUGUUGUAUUAAUAAAUAUUAUCUCAAAAGUACUACCUAAUAUUUUUUUAAGAUAAAAUAGAUACCUAAAAUUUAUCAAGUAGUUAAAACAUGUAACAAUAACAAAUAUUUACAUACCUAUUAUUUUAUAUUUAAGAGUUAUCAAUCUUAAAUGUUAUAAGAUAAGUUAUACAUUUGAAUGUUAUAAAUAAUAUUAAUAAAACAAAGGUGAAAUGGUACUCAUGUUAUUUUAAGCAUAUAUAAGUAAACUAUACAAUAUUAAGAAUAAUAUAAGAUUGAAAAAUGAUAAAUUAAUUAAAAAUCCUAUUUAUAAUGACUAAAUUACAUAAUGAAACAUUAAAAGUCGAUUUCCCAACAUUUUGAUUUGCGUCACUAUUCUUUCAGGGGUGUGAUUUAUUUUAAACAUGUAAGAAUCGGUCAAUAUGCAUAAAUAAUAGUGUUUAUAGUUGUCAGUUGGUUUAUAAAUAUUAAAUGUAUAUUAUUUUGUUUAUUAUUGAUUUUCAAAAUACUAAUGUUAUAUAAUAUACAUUAUAAGAACUAUUUGACUAUAAAAAUUAAAAAUUUUAAAUUUUAAUUUAA